UUAACUACAAAUUAAAUUUUAAUUGUUUAAUUGUUUGUUUGUUUUUUUUUAAAUGUGAUUGGAAAUAGUGUAUAAAUUGUACCAUACAUCGAUUGUUCGAUUGACAGUAGAAAAAAAGCACUCCAAGGAUUAAUCCUACAUUUGCGAACAUCAUUCCUCAAAAUUCCCUGGAAUCCCACUGUAAGUUAAACCCUCUCGGUUCACCUCGACCGCAGAACACCAGUGGCGACAUCAUUUUCAUCCCGCAAGCUACUAUUCACUCAACCCAGUUACCCGGCGGAAUAAAUUCAUCGAUCGGUCCCCCGUUCGCAGCUCGGCCCAACACCGAGUCUACCGGCUGAGCGGACAGAUGUCCUAGGUCGACGUUGCGACGCGUGCGGGGUGGCUCGUGGCGUGGUGCUCGGUGGCGUGGUACGGUACGCACGGUGCGCCCCCUGAUGCGGGGUGGGCAAGUAUUGAUUGGGUCGGCGCGUUGGUCGCGACGUCCGUGUCCAGAGUGCAAGAAGAGAGGGUGGCGGAAUCGGCAGGCGCCAUCACGCGGGGCCACCGCGACCGUCGUCUGAAGGGCCGUCCAGCCAGUGGCCGCGAUCUCGAUUCACCGAAAAGAUGGUCAUGAUGGCUGGCAUGGACGACCACGAGCGAAAAGUCGUCGCCGAGUUCUGCCACCUGCUCGAGAAGAGCAAGCAGCUGUUCAACGGGCUACGGGAUCUGCCACAGUACGGGCACAAGCAGUGGCAGGGCUACUUCGGGCGCACCUUUGACAUCUACACGAAGUUGUGGAAGUUUCAACAGCAGCACAGGACGAUACUCGACACGAAGUACGGCCUGAAGAGGUGGCAGAUCGGCGAGAUCGCGAGCAAGAUCGGUCAACUCUACUACCACUAUUACCUUCGCACCAGCGAGACCAGCUACCUUCACGAGGCCUACUCAUUCUACGCGGCGAUCCGAGGCCGCGCGUACUACAGCCGCGCUGCCAAGGAGGACAGAAGCGACCUGAUGGUGAAGAAGCUCAGGUACUACGCCCGUUUCAUCGUCGUCUGCCUGCUGUUGAACCGCAUGAAGCUCGUCCGUGAACUGGUCCAAGAGCUCGACGCCCAGAUCGCCGAUUACACCAGCACCUACGAGCCCGAGGAUCAACUCGAGUGGAACCUGGUUCUCGACGAGAUCAAGGCGUUCGUGAAGGCCGAGUCGACCGUCGGAAUGGUGCACUCGGACACGAAUCCUGUUAUACUUACCCACAGGCUGGGUCCACAGACCUCGCCCCCGAUCGAACGUACGCCACCCAUGUGCCUAUCCCUGCAGGAGAUCCUGAUCGUUGGCAAUUGCGCCGACCAGGUGAAGUUUAGUGAGUUGUCGAUGGACAUGUUCAGGAUGCUUCAAACCCUGGAGAGGGAGCCGAGGGACGAUCCUAAUCACCUUCACGACGCGUCGCCGGCCGGCAGGAUGCCGUUCAGGCCCGGGGCGUAUCCGGGCGCGGAGAACGGGGCCCCGAGGCGGGACAAUCCGCACAAGUACCUGUUGUACAAGCCGACCUACAGCCAGGUACAGGUAUUCCUCGCGAGCGGCUUCAAGGAGCUGCCCGCUAACGGGGCGCUGUUGCUCUACUUGUCGGCGGACGGCUGCUUCUCCACCGUCAAGCAUCCGGAAGAAAUGGGGUACGACCUGGGUGGCGUUUCCACGUGCAGCAAGAGGGACCCGGAGCACGGGAAGAGGCCGACAGGUGGGAAGGAACCGCACUGCCUAUAUCCGGGUGACCUCUACCCGUUCACGAGGAAACCUCUGUUCGUGGUCGUCGACUCGGACAACAGCUUCGUAUUCCAGCAGAUACCCCGUUACUUCGGCCAGCCGCUGAUGGUGCUGAUGUCGCCUCAGGACACGCCGCCCACGUUACGCGACAUUCGACACAGUGGCAGCCUGUUCACUCUAUUUCUCCACGCCCCCCUAGCCGCGUUUUGCCUUAUAUGCAACAUCGGCAAUCUGGCCGUGCAUCACUGGGAGCGGUGCCAGCGUUACAUCGAGCGAUUCCUCAUCGAGGCCUGUCAGCUCGUCACGCACUCCAGAUGCGAGACCAGCGUGUUGCAAUUCUUCGGCGACGAUUUCCUACGACUGUUGCUGGUGCGCUACGUGUUCUGCGACGUGGUGUUGAAUCUGCACCGGUCGUUCAGGGGUCGGCAGCAGAGGCCCCGUUGCCAUCCGCCGUUGCCCGACGCGGAGGUCCUCGAGCAUCCCACCCUCCAUCACCUGGUGCUCGACCUGGCCGCCUGCCUCGACUGCCGCGACCACUUUCCGGACAGCAACGAGCUCGCCUGACCCAGGCAUCUCCCCUGCCCGGCACCCCACGAGUCCACGUCCCUGUUGCCGGCGUACACCCACGACUACGAUUACGAUUACUGUAACUAUAAUUGCAACAAUAAAAUCGUUACACUGAGACCUCAUUAAACUGCGUCUAAACGAAGGAGAAAACAAGGGUGUUUAAAUAUAUAACGAUGAUAAGGAUAAGGAUAAAAAGGUAAAAAAAAAAGGGGGAAAAGAAAGGGAAACGAGGAAGGAAUAUAGAGUAUAAAGUAGGAACGCUAAAUGGAAGAAAUCACGUGUAUCGUCGCUCGAUAAUAUCGCGAUGUAUUCGUUGUGGAUAUCGUCGACGCCGUCUCAGGGUAACCCGGCGUCGUGAUUUUUCAUCGUCGUAAAGUCGUCCACUGUCGUUCGAUGAUUCGUCGAUGAUACGUCCGCGAGUUCACGCCGCGUCGGUCUUCCGAUUCGCUCGUUGUUGUUGGUCCGGGUGAAGGUGAAAGAAAGACAAUACGACGCCGGGUUGUAACGACGCGUUUAUCUCUUUCCGUGGAGAGAGAACGCGUGGAAAAAAACGUAAACACAGAGGGAAGAGGAGGAGCAGGAGGAGGAGAACGAACGAACGAACGAACGAACGAACGAACGAACAAAGGGAAUAAAAAUUUCUCGUGAAUUCGUGGUUCUCCUUUAAGACUCGUUCUUAUGUUAAUCGCGACAUACCGCUGCCAGUUUUUUUGCUACGGACUAGUAAACGAAACACAAAAAAAAAAAACAAAGAAAAAGUCUAUAUAUAUAUAUAUAUAUAUAAAUAUACAAAUAUAUAUAUAUAUAAAAUGAAUAUGAUAUAUUCUGUCACUGCGUCGAUGGUAAAAAGAAAAAAAAAAGAAGAAAAAAGAUAAAAAAGAACAAAAAGAUGAAUUAAUUAUUAUUACGUAUGAAAGAGAGAGGCAUGUUGUGAUUAUCGGUACAUGUAUAGACGAAAGAAAGAGUGAAUUUGUACGCACUGGUGCUUUGUACGAUUUUAAGAAGCUUUUAGCGUGUCGUCGAAUGAUUCGGUUUCUUUUUCUUUUUUCGGUGUAUUACGGGUUUCCGUUCGAUUCUCGAUUCGGAUCGCAGGCCACGCAUCCUUUCCACCCUUCUCUGUCUCUUAAAAAAAAAGAUAAAUAAAUAAGAAUAGAAAUAACGAUAUGUAAAAAAAAGAGAAAAAAAAUAGAAGAAAAACAGAUUGAAAAGUUAAAUCGCGGCAAAUAAUCGAUCCUUUUUUUUUUUUUUUUUUUUUUUUUUUUUUUUUUUU